GGAGGCAUGCUUGGCAAGCGAGAGUCCAGAGGAUGUUUUUGCUUUGCACAUGGGCAAACUGGCAGGCGGUAGUGCUGCUGCAGCUUCCCGACAUCACAGCCAGGCCGCGCGCUUCGUCGUGCAGAAUCUGGCCAGGUGCUAUGUGGGUCGCGGUGGCCGUGACCUGAUGCAUUCGAGCCCUGAGAUCAGAGCAGCAGCCAAGACAGUACGUAAGAAGAAGGUGCUGCAUGCCCGGCCGAAGCAGAUGGGCUCUGGGCGCUUCAUGUUUCUUGCGGCUCAGCUUCGACAACACGCGGGGAAGACCAAAGAACAGGUACUCCAGGAAUGGAAGGAUCUGGACUCCCAGACGAAACAGGUGUGGCAAGCGCGUAGCAACAUACAAGUACGAAUGCAACGAGAAGCAAAGAGCCACGCCCAAGAAUCCCAGCAGCAAGCGGCCGUUCCCACUCCAUGGAAUCUUGGAGAUUCAAACUUCCCCUUGACACAGCGAGCUAUGAAUGAUUUCUUGGUCAUGUUCAGAACCAAAGAUGCUGCAAUCACCGCCUUGAAUGAAUGCGACGACGAAAACUGCAGAGACUUUUGCAAGAAGGUGGUGGAAGGCCAAAAGUAUCAUUCGAUGGACGCUGCCAUGACCUUCAGCAAAGCAACAGUGUUUGCACAGGUUCGUGUUGAAGAUGAGCAGGCCACAAAUAUUCUGAAGGCAGACUGCAAGCCUGCUUCUUGCGUAGCACAGCACCCGGGGUUCUGCAAGACGCGUGAUGCAGGGCAGGCAGCUGAAGUUCAAAGUUUGUUGAAAUUGUUUCCAACAUGCAGCUGCGUUUUGCGAUGUGAAGCUCGUCGUCCUCGCCGAGCGCCCUUGGUCAUGUACUUGCGAGCAGUUCUAGGCACGAAGAAACCGUUGCGGCUGUUCUUCGCAUGGCUUGCGCUUCCAGGAGUACCUGUUGCGGACGGCCAGUGUCUUGUUUAUUCGUCAGAACGUGCAAAAGUGCCACACAACGCUGACUUUGCACGGCUUCCUCCGAGCUGUGCUGAUGUGGGAAAUUGCAGCUUGUGGAAUCAACACGAAGCUGCGUUGCAGCUCUUGAAAGUUGCUGACCUGAAAGCUUGGACGUUCUAUCAGAUGGAUUAUACGCAACAUUCUCUGAAAAAUCUGGUUAUUACUGGGAAGCUGCGUGAUUUGGGUCUGGCAAAGGUCAUUGCUACUCCAGCGCCAGCAGAAGCAGCCCCCCGUGAGGAUGCCAACAUUUUCGAUUGCCCGCUUCUGAAGCCUGGAAAGGCUGCAGCUGGGGUGGGGGGCGGUGACGGCAGUGACCAUGACGACGAGGACGACAUGUUGGAGGAGAGAGAUGAGGUCCUGGACCAGGGCGUCGAAAGCAAUGACGACAAGUCGGGCAGCGAGAAUGAGCGGAAUUUCCCUUUCAGGCGUGGUCACACCGAAGAUGUGGCUGAUAAUGAGAGCAAUGCAGGCUCUGCAGUCUCCAGGGGUUUGGGCAGAACCCAUGGACAAAGCACGGAUGUGACCGUUCUCCAGAGGAUUUUGGGCGACAGGUGCCUAGGCUGUUGUGCGCUGUCGUUCUCAGGAUAG